GAGCUCACCGCGGCGACCGACGGUUUUGCCGAGGCGCGCAAGGUGGGCGAGGGAGGCUUUGGGCGCGUCUACCGCUGCGACGCGCUGCCGUCGCUUCCGCGCGUCGCUUGCGGGUUCGCCGUCAAGACGGCGCUGGUCGGUGUCGGCGCCCAAGGCCUCGCCGAGCUGCAGAGCGAGGUGCGCACGCUCAGCGCGGCGUGCCACCGGUCUUUGCUUCCUCUGCUCGGCGUCUGCUUGGCGCCGGCGAGAGCGUGCCUCGUCUACCCCCUCUGCCGCGGCGGCAGCCUCGAGGACCGCCUCUACCGCGCUCCAGCCGCGCUCCAGCGGCUCCACAUGCUCGGCUUCGAGACGCCGCCUCCGCCGCUCUCCGCCGCCGCACGGCUCCGCGUGCUGCGCGACGCAGCGAGCGCGCUGCACUACUUGCACACGCUCUCGCCCAUGAUCCUGCACCGCGACGUCUCGGCGGGCAACGUCCUGCUCGAC